CUGGUGACGGAGGCGGCCAUUUUAGUGCUGUGACCGGGGGUCACAGGGACGUUGGGCAGUGCGGGGGAAGGCAGGAUGCUCUCUCGCUUGGCGUUGCGUGCCCUGGCCCCGGCCGCCCUGAAGAGCUCGGUGGCUCUACCCUCCCUGUCAUCGGGCAUAAUUCAUGUAUCAAGAUCACUUCACACAAAUCAGCAACACUUGGCUCCAGUGCCAUCUCUUCCAGAGAAAGGUGGAAAAGUUCGCCAUGGAAUAAUCCCUGAAGAAUUUUUCCAAUUUUUGUAUCCUAAAACAGGAGUCACAGGUCCAUAUAUGCUUGCAACUGGAUUGACACUCUACCUUCUAUCUAAGGAAAUUUAUGUAAUAAAUCAUGAAACAAUAAUUGGCAUUACUGUUUUGAGUGUAUUAAUCUAUGGAAUUAAGAAAUAUGGUCCUCUUGUAGCAGCUUUUCUUGACAAAAAAAUGGACGAGGAACUUGCUUCUUAUGAGGACUUUAAAACUGCUUGUAUAAAUAGAUGCCUGGAGGGAAUUGAGGAGGAGAAGAAAGAACAAUGGAGACUUGAUGGUCGCCACUAUCUCUUUGAUGCCAAGCGGAACAAUAUUGCUAUGAUCCUGGAGGCCAACUAUAGAGAAAGGCUUCUCACUGCAUCCAGGGAGGUGAAGAAGAGGCUAGACUAUCAAGUCGCAUUACAGAACCUCAAGCGGGGUAUGGAACGAGAUCAUAUGAUCAACUGGGUAGAACAAAGCGUUUGGAAGAGUGUUACAGCCCAACAGGAGAAGGAGAACAUUGCCAAAUGCCUUUUGGACCUGAAAGCAUUAUCAAGCUCUGCCCAAGCAUCUCUUUAAGUCAAACGUUAUUGAAACUUCCAAAAUUGUACAAUUUCUAUCUUUAAUUAAAACAUAUGUAUCAUGGUUUGGUUUACUCUGAAAGUUCCUUGAAUGUGUUCCUCUCCUUAUAUAGUAUUCAGAAAAGAGAUACUUUUGAAAAUUUAACCACAAAAUAAUGUAAAUGAAAUUCAUAUUUGUCUUCUCUAAAUAUGGCUAAUACUGUUUCACACACAAAUAUUUCAGAAGUGUUUUAUCGGGCCUCUUCACAAACUUGGAGAAAGAUUUUCCUGUUUUAAGAAAUUGACUUAUUGUAGUUAAUGCAACUAGUAGCACACUGGUGGCAUAGGAUCAGAGUUUAUCAGGUUGGGAUUUUAUGAAAUAUCAGUAACAGCUUGAUAUUCAGAAGAUCAGCAAAUAGCACUUUUUAAAGAUUUAACACUGGUCUAGUAAGGUCUGUUAACUGCUAUUCUUCAAAUGAAGUAAGUGUCUAGUGCAACCUUAUGUAGUGGAAUAUAGUAAGGAGGUGGAUUCCCAGAAGGGAGAGGUGCAUUUCAAAGGAGUAAGAGGCAACUCAGUCCAGAUAUGUGUGAGAGAAAGAAAAUGAAAAUGUUUCCUAAUAGUUCACAGGGAAGUGUAUAUUGUAAAUGAAGAUAGUAGAAUGCUCAGUUUGGCAAGAUUUUGUCUAUUGGUGUAAAACAAUAAAGAACAUCUUAAAAGAA